AUGACACCGUAUGUAUAUUCAACACUUCCCCCAGGGUCCUUUACUCGCAUGAUCCGCCUUUUGCCGCAAAGAGAAAGGAAUGCCCCCAUCGAGUGUGCAAUCGUUCACUACGAUCUCUCAGCGUCGGAAAGUCAAAACCAUCUUUAUGAGGCACUAUCCUAUACAUGGGGUAGCAAUUAUAAGCCCAAAUCGAUCGUGAUUAAUAAUUCCCUUCUCCCUGUGACCGAGAAUCUUCACACUGCCCUCUUGUACCUUCGGGACCACCAACUCGAGAGGAUCUUGUGGGUUGAUGCGAUCUGCAUAAAUCAAGAAGACAAUAAAGAGAAGAAUACACAAAUUUCGCUUAUGAGAGCUAUUUACGCACAGGCAGAUCGCGUAAUUAUCUGGCUUGGGGUGCCAGACCAAAGUGGCGAAAACGCACUCGACACGAUCCAUCAACUUGCAGAGAAAAAAGUAAUACUGAAUUCGGGAACCCAAAAUGUUCGCUUGUCAAGAGCAGAUUAUUAUGCUUGCAUGAGGUUGCUAAAACAUGAUUGGUUUCGCCGUAUCUGGGUGCUACAGGAGGUCGGUGUUGCUCGAUCCAUCAUAUUUCGAUGUGGCCUAGCUCAAGUCAACGGCUAUGCUUUCUGUGAAGGUCUCAGCGGACUUACGCUAUCACUACUACCAGAACACGUGCUUCCAGUCAUUCCUCUUGUCCGGAAUUCGAUUGCACGGCCACGAAGUUCACAAAAACUCCCAGGUAGCCUUCCUAUAGGGGAGUUGCUCGAUACGUAUCAUACCCACUUCGCAUCGGUGCCACACGACAAAAUAUAUGCCUUGCUAGGAUUGUGCUCAGAUAAUCCUGAAACACCAUGUUUAAGACCAAACUAUCAACUUGCAUUCAGUGCCGUUGUUAGACAAGUCGUAACAUACGUUUUCAGAGGAAACCAUUCUGUGGAAGUGCAGCCUGGCACUAAUAUAGCCGUGAUCAAAGGCAAGGGGUGGAUCUUGGGUCGUAUCACGUCAGUCGAAAGCAGCAAGCAUCUUCAUGACUACCAAACCAUUAGCAUUGCCUUUCAUGAGAGUACCCUAGGGGUGGCCUUCAAGAAUGAAUGGGGAAAAGAAUGGGUAAUUCACGCUUCAGCAAGACCAGUCCAGGUAUAUGAUAUAGUCUGCUUCUUGCACCGAGCUUCAAAGCCAACAAUUGUGAGACUUAGAAAAGGUGGCCGAAUUAGUGUCAUCGUCAGUAUGACAACUCCAGAGAUCGUUAAGAGAAUGAAUGGAUACGGAUCAUUUCGCCAACAAUCUGAGAGAAAGAUAUCAGACAUACAAAAUGAAGUCAAAAACAUAUCACCUGUCGACUUAAUUCUCACCUGGGACAUCGAUCAAGCUCACAGAGAGAGCAACAGUGAUAUGACGACUCCGGGAGUGUCGGAUAUUCGAAGCCCAGAGAGCCUAUGGCAGACUUUGCUCGAAAAGAAAAGGGAAAUAAGAUCGACUAUUGUGUCAUACUCUUAUACAAAUACCGGUAAGCGAAAGAGCGCUUGAGGCGGCUGCAGCGCAUUGUGACAUGGGAUAUCGACUCUUAAGAGUUAUGCUUGACGACCGACAAGUGAAGCUGCCGAUAACAAUCGAAUCGAUCAACAACGCGACAGACAUUUAUAGGGUUUUGUAUCUUCUUUUUCGCCGCACGGAUAAAAUACGCAUCACUGAAGAUGUAGUCAACAA